AUGGAGGUAGGAGAACCGCCAGAAAAGUCCAUUCAAGAGUCUGAAAAAGAUGUGCUGAAAAAGCCCGUAUAUAAGGUCAAGGCCGUGCCAAAGGACAAAGACAAGUCGAUUCACUCCAGAUGGUACUGGCCGUUCGCCUCAGGAAUCCUAAUAGCCGAGGCUGUGGCCAUCUACGCCGUGUUUUUUGUCAAGCUGAAGUGGCCCGUGGGUAUCUUCGUGCUUCUUUACGGAGUUCUCUCAGGGCUCUGCAUCACAGCAGGGUACCACCGGCUGUGGGCGCACAGGUCGUACAAGGCGUCGUGGCCACUGGCGGUGUUCCUGGCCAUUUUCGGCGCAGCCAGUAUCCAGGGCUCGAUCAUUUGGUGGGUGCAGAACCACCGCCUGCACCACAGGUACACGGACACUGAGCGCGACCCGUACAACAUCAAGCGUGGGUUCUGGUACGCGCACCACGGCUGGAUUCUUUUCCGCCGCAAGGAGGACGAGUUGGGCUACGCUGACAUGACAGACUUGCACGCCAGCAAGGUUGUCUUGUGGCAAUAUAAAUACUAUUUUUUCAUCUGUGCCUUCUCUUCGCUCAUCCUGCCAACGGCAUUCUGCGGUUUGGUUCUGGGAGACUGGAAGGGCGGGUUCUUCUGGGGAGCCGUCGCACGCCUGGUCGGCGUCCAGCAGGUCACCUUCUGCGUUAACUCGGUCGCGCACACCUUUGGCACGCAGCCAUACAGUGACGAGCAGACGCCCAGGGACAACUGGUUCACCGGCAUCAUCACGCUGGGCGAGGGCUACCACAACUUCCACCAUGCCUUCCCCAACGACUACCGCAACGGCGUGCGCUGGUACGACAUGGACAUCACCAAGUGGCUUCUGUACGCCAUGGAGCAGCUGGGCUUGGCGUCCAACCUCAAGCGCUUCCCCCGCAACGAGAUCAUGAAGGGCCGUGUAGCGAUGAAGUUCAAGAACGCGCAGAAGAUGGCUAAGCGCGUCGACUAUGGAACUCCGAUCGAGGAGCUGCCAAUGUUCACAGCGUCGGAGUUUGUCGCUGAGGUCAAGGAGCGCAGCAAGAAGUGGAUAGUCAUUGAGGGCUUCAUCUACAAUGUAGAGGAGUUUAUCAAAAUGCACCCCGGCGGCCCCAAGCUCAUCAAGGGUGGUAUUGGAAAGGACAUGACCAACGCGUUCAACGGCGGCGUCUACAACCACCAUUACUCGGCGCGCAAUCUGAUGAACUCGACCAUGCGCGUCGGAAAAAUCAUCUAA